CUUCAUUCAUGUCGACUGCCCAGAGUCCAUGAAUACGGCCCUGCACCACAACCACCACCACAAAAUCAACUUAACUCCAUACAGAGCAAAGUCCUGGGGCCUGCAACAACACAUCUCCAAAUCUACAUUCCAGCAGCCUCCCCUGCCUCUGUUCAGACAUGUCGCUCUACAGUUUUGGCCUGGAACCACUCUCCUGCCACACCUGGAACAAAGACAGGACCCAGCUUGCAGUGAGUCCUAACAAUAAUGUGGUUAACAUCUAUGAGAAGAAAGGCAAAGAGUGGGUCAAGAUCCACGAGCUGACUGAGCACAGUGGACGAGUCACAGGCAUUGACUGGGCCCCAGACUCCAACCGCAUCGUAACAUGUGCCUCAGACCGCAACGCCUACGUGUGGACUCUGAAGGAUGGAGUGUGGAAGCCCACCUUAGUCCUGGUGCGCAUCAACCGUGCAGCCACCUGUGUGAAGUGGUCACCACUGGAGAACAAGUUUGCCCUGGGCAGCGGAGCUCGCCUCAUCUCUGUCUGCUACUUUGAGAAGGAGAACGACUGGUGGCUGAGUAAGCACAUCAAGAAGGCCAUUCGCUCUACAGUUAUGAGCCUAAACUGGCAUCCCAACAACAUCCUACUGGCAGCUGGGUCUGCAGACUUUCACUGCAGGGUUUUCUCAGCCUACAUCAAGGACAUCGAGGACAAGCCUGGACCUACUGCCUGGGGGGCCAAAAUGCCUUUUGGGGAGAUGCUGCUGGAGCAUAAGGACUGUGGAGGCUGGGUUCACAGUGUCUCCUUCUCCCCCAGCGGAGACCAGCUGGCCUUGGUGGCCCACAACAGCAGCAUCACGGUGGUGGACGCGGCCCAGGGGAAGGAGGUCACCCAGCUGACCACCAACCGUCUGCCACUUCUGAGUGUGCUCUAUGCCAGCCCCACUGAGCUCGUUGCUGCGGGUCAUGACUGUUGCCCCUACCAGUUCACCUAUAAGGGUCCAGGUGCUCUGGAGUUUGUGAAGAAGCUGGACAUCCCCAAGCAGACCUCUAAGGGUGGCAUAUCUGCCAUGCAACACUUCCAGAACUUGGACAAGAGGGCCACUGAUGAUGACACCAACGAGCUUGGCACCCUUCACCAGAACAGCAUCACUCAAAUGUGUGUUGUAUCUGGGGAGAAAGCCAAAGUGCAGAAGUACAGCAGUGUGGGUCUGGAUGGAGCCAUGGUGAUCUGGGAUUUUAAGCACUGAGACACCACCGAUUGUCAGUCUGUGAGGUGUCCGAGGCUCAACCGACCACCAUGGAACUUCUGAUGUGCUUCUGUGUGACUGAAAACAAUGAUAUUUGUCAAUACAUUUGAAUAAAUAAAGAGGAUGUCUA